GUAGGAGGGCCUUGAAAAUGCUGAACUUGAGGUGUAUUUAAAGGGAGAUUAAGAUUAUAGCGGCUGAGUCAUUUAGACUUGAGUUGGGAGAAUACGUAUGAAGACUGCCUACUUAGGGAAGAGUUUCGGGAUUUCCUUUUUGUUUCUCACUGACAUUAAUUAUGAGGUUACUCUUCUUCAAUCCUAUUAUUGCCGGAAUUUAACAUUGCGUAUCUAGUUUCAGAUUCAGUCAGAAGAGGAUACUAGCCCAUGUUGAUUCAUUGGAGACGAAGACAGAAGGAUCAGCAGGUCGUCAGAGGGUCCAUUAUACACGUGAUAUUUAAACUGCCUGCAUGAUCUUGAGAGAAAAGAGAUAUGAUGGGGAUUGUGUCGGACCCCGUUUUGUGGCCACUCUUUACAGGUCAAGGAGAAAGGAGAGCGAACAUGGGGCUGACAGCUUCGUGGUGGCACUCAACGCCUACUCUUUCUCCUAUCGACUUCCACAGGUCAAAAAGUCAGUUCCUCUCUGCCUGCCUGCAUCUAAGUGGCGUAUUCAAACCACAUUAGCUUGCUUGCUUGCUUGCUUGUUGAGGUAAUGCCAUGUGCUACUUCUUUACUGAAUUGGGUAGGUGCGGAUCCAAUUGCGAAGAUUCUGAGUUUGGCGUAGACUUUAAUGUUGCUUGCUCAAAUUGGAGUCUCUCGGGAUCUUCUUCUCUUUCAAAAUCUUUGUGCUUUUUCUUUUUGGGUUCGUUAUGGGAGAAUGUAGUCGGGUACGAUUGUCUAAUGUUUUUGCUCUUAGACAUAUACUUGACUCGAGUGCCGGGGUGCUUGUUCUCGAAGUUGAAUUUUCAACUUGUGUUCAUAGUGUUCGAGCUUUCAAAGGAGAUUUUGGUUUCAGAUCUUAAUUCUUUUUUAGAAGUCUUCUGCUUCUGCUUCUGCUUGCUUGCUUGCUUUGAGUUCUAAAUUCUCAACCUAGAAAAUGGAGGAAAACACCUCUAUUCACAGUCUUCCAUGGGCUUUGUCAACUUUGGAGCCAAACCCAUUGGGCUAGCUUGGUUUUGGACCUAACUUUUUGGGCUCAAUCCCUUCAAUUUGGUUUUGGUGGCUUUAGGCUUUGGAAAAAAUCAUGGAGCAAAGAGGAGGAAUAUGAAGUUAAGAAAGCAUUUAUACUCAGCUGUCCCAUUGAAUGGCGUCUCUGUCUGAAAAACUGACCGUUGAAGCUUCUCAACAUUAAUCAGACCGUUGGAUGGGAGUUUCAGAGAAUAUAUAAAUAUCAAACCUUACCUUCAGGAAGAAUAAGCCCACUUCCUUCUUCCCCAUUUCUCUGUAUAUACUCUCUUUGCUUGCUUGUGAUCAGAGAUGGGUUUGGUGAUGGUGAUCUCUCUGCCACUCAUUUUCUUCUGCUUGCUGCUCGGUUUCGGGUGUUACUUUCUCGGCCGAGCAAAAGGGAGACGAGACAUAAGGACCAAUGCUCAGACAUUUGGGGUGCCCAUGCCGCCUCCCGGAAUCGCCACCACUCAUUCCCUAUCGCAACCGCAGCCAAUUUUCAAACCUGAUAAUGCCAUCAAUGUUUGAUUAGUAAUCAGAUCUAAGUUCAAUUCUUCACUGUACUCUUUUUCUACUGCAAAACCCAAAUUCGCUCACGGGGUUCUUUUUUCUGAGUUUGUGUAAAUUCUAUACUAUCAGUUUAAGCUUCAAUACUCCAUGAUGAAUCGUUUUCCAGUUACUGUCUGUCUAUCCUACAAAUAAAAUGGCCUUCGAAGUUGGCCGCCAUGUUGAUUCCUCA